AUGGCUAUACAGAACUACCGCGAGGUCUCGGCCAUCGCACAAACGCGUCGCGACACCAAGAUUGCUGCUUACCAUAACCCACCAGAAGUCAAGGAGUCUUCGUUGCCAAACAAUCUUACCGAGUAUGCACUCAACUCAAUCUACUACACGCCUGAAGAGCGAACCAUUGUAGAGACAGAGGCAGAUGUCAUACUCGAGAAGAUCGCGAACCGGGAAUGGACCUCACUCACGGUCACAAAAGCCUUCUGCAAGGCAUCAGCAUACGCGCAAAGACUCACAAAUUGUAUCACAGAGGUCCUUUACGACGAAGCACAUGAGCGUGCGCAGUACCUUGAUGAUUACCUCGCCAAGCAUGGUAAGACUGUAGGGCCAUUGCAUGGGCUGCCGAUUUCUCUGAAGGACUGCUUCAUUGUACCACCCUACCCGGCAUCAAUUGGGAUGUCGAACUGGGCAAACAAGGCAACAGACAAGGAACAGGUCAUCGUGACGAUACUGCGAGAGCUUGGAGCAGUCUUCUAUGUCAAGACCAAUACCCCGACAGCUAUGAAGAUGGCAGAAACGAUCAAUAAUGUGUGGGGCGAGACACGGAAUGCUCUUCACAAGCAGCUCACACCUGGAGGCUCAUCCGGCGGAGAAGGGUCCCUUAUAUCCUUCAAAGGAUCACCUCUAGGAGUUGGCACCGACAUUGGCGGGAGCAUCAGGAUCCCCGCGGCUCAGGGCUUUCAAUACGGGCUAAAGCCUUCUGUUGGCAGGUUUCCUGGCUAUGGUGGUAGGGUUGGCGUGACUGGACAGGAGUUCCUAGUGCCAGUCAGUGGACCCAUGUCAAGGUCGUUGAAGUCGCUCCAGAUCUACACGAAAGCCUUGCUUUCAGCUACACCCUGGACCCGUGACCACAAGUGUGUGCCAGUCCCCUGGAGAGACAACGUCAUACAACCCCCAGGGAGGAAGCUGCGUUUCGGUGUGCUUGUCGGCAAUAACGACGGAUCUGUUCACUGUCAUCCACCGGUAGAACGUGCGCUGGAUCUCACUGUUGACAAGCUCAAGGCUGCAGGUCACGAAAUCAUUCCAUGGACGCCAAGGCAUCACGACGUUAUGACCAGAAAUUUGGGAGCGGCACUGUCCAAGCUCGGUGGUACUGCUAUUCUGAACGACAUCAAGCCACACGGAGAGCCCAUCUUCGGGUCUAUGAAAGCCUAUGAGGCCGCGGCAGAUGCCGAAGAACUCCGAGUCACUCAGAUCCGCGAGAUGAUUGCAGAACGGGACGAUCUCCAGCAGGAAUACUUUGAAUACAUGAUGACUGGAGCGCCAGACGGCCAGCCGGUAGAUGGUAUCAUCAUGGCCACUGCUCCGCAUGCUGCGCCCCGAUUGCGAGGUCUGCAGGCUGAUCAGUAUAUUGGCUACACGGCGCUCUGGAACUAUCUUGACUUCUCUGUCUGCACCUUCCCCGUCCUUUUCGCGGAUAAGGCGCAGGACAAGGCCCGGGAUAUGAAGUCAUUUGAGGCAUUUUCGGACCUUGACGCUAGGAUACAGGCAGACUACGAUGCAGAUUUCUACCACGGGGCUCCAGUCGGGUUACAAUGUGUGGGAAAGCGGUUCGAGGAAGAGAAGGUGCUCGAAAUGGUGGGUGUGAUUGAACAGGUGUUGAAGGCGUAG